GGGCUCUCCAAGGGCCUGGCCUGCGGGACCAACGAAAACUACAAGUCCCGGCAGGCGACGCGGCGCCGGCUGCCCAGAGCGCGAUCCGCGGGCCGGGGAGCACUGCUCCAGGAGAGCCGCCUGCUACCGGGCUGUGGUGACAGGCCGCACGCCACGGUUGUGCCUCCCUGCAGGGUCUGGGAACAUGGCCAGAAAGGUCCUCAAGCUUGCUUCAUGGACCGGCAUGGCUCUUGCUGCCUCUGGCAUCUACCUCUAUAGUAACAAGUACUUGGACCCUAAUGAUUUCGGUGCCAUCCGGGUGGGCAGAGCCGUGGCUACGACGGCUGCCAUCAGUUACGACUAUCUCACGUCCCUUAGGAGUGUCCCAUAUGGCUCAGAGGAAUAUUUGCAGCUUCGAUCCAAGGUACGGGAACAAUGGGACCCACUUUGGCUGGGUGGCUGCCUAGCCAAUAGGAUUUUGGUGCACCUGCGCUCUGCCAGGCGUCUCUGUGAGCUCUGCUGCGCCAACCGGGGCACCUUUAUCAAGGUGGGCCAGCACCUGGGGGCUCUGGACUACUUGCUGCCAGAAGAGUACACCAGCACGCUGAAGGUGCUGCACAGCCAGGCCCCGCAGAGCAGCAUGCAAGAGGUCCGCCAGGUCAUCCGUGAGGACCUGGGCAAGGAGAUCCAUGACUUGUUUGUGAGCUUUGAUGACACUCCUCUGGGGGCAGCUUCCCUGGCCCAGGUCCACAAGGCAGUGCUGCAUGAUGGGCGGACUGUGGCCGUGAAGGUUCAGCACCCAAAGGUGCAGGCCCAGAGCUCCAAGGACCUUCUCCUGAUGGAGGUGCUCGUGCUGGCUGUGAAGCAGUUAUUCCCGGAGUUCGAGUUCAUGUGGCUGGUUGAAGAAGCCAAGAAGAACCUGCCGUUGGAGUUGGACUUCCUCAACGAGGGGAGGAAUGCUGAGAAAGUAGCCCAGAUGUUGCAGCACUUCGAGUUCUUGAAGGUGCCCCGGAUCUACUGGGAGCUGUCCACCAAGCGUGUCCUCCUGAUGGAGUUUGUGGAUGGUGGCCAGGUCAAUGACCGAGACUAUAUGGAGAAGAACAAGAUUGACGUCAACGAGAUCUCACGCCAUCUGGGCAAGAUGUACAGUGAGAUGAUCUUUGUCAAUGGCUUCGUGCACUGUGACCCACAUCCUGGCAACGUGCUGGUGCGGAAGCAUCCGGACACAGGGAGGGCGGAGAUUAUCCUGUUGGACCAUGGACUGUACCAGGUGCUCACGGACGAGUUCCGCCUGGACUACUGCCACCUCUGGCAGUCUCUGAUCUGGACAGACAUGAAGAAGGUGAAGACAUACAGCCAGCGCCUGGGUGCCGGGGACCUGUACCCCUUGUUUGCCUGCAUGCUGACUGCCCGGUCCUGGGACUCAGUCAACAAGGGCAUCAGCCAGGCUCCCGUCACUGCCUCGGAGGACUCUGAGAUCCGCAACAACGCAGCCAACUACUUGCCCCAGAUCAGCCAGCUCCUCAACCAUGUGCCGCGGCAGAUGCUGCUCAUCUUCAAGACCAAUGACCUGCUACGUGGCAUUGAGGCCGCCCUGGGCACCCGCGCCAGUGCCAGCUCCUUCCUCAGCAUGUCGAGGUGCUGUGUCAGGGCACUGGCCCGGCAUGAGAGGAAGAAUACCCGCUCCUUCUUGAGAAGGACCCGGAUCUCUUGCGGCGAGGCUUUCAACUUAGGGCAGAUCAGCCUGCACGAACUCAUUCUGCACGUGAAGGGGUCCCGGCUGGCCUGCUGGAUCAUUGCCCUGCUUGGCUGGUUGUUCCCUGCUCUGCACUGAGUGGACUAGCUCUCCCUGACCACGUUCUGGUUUCUUCCCAGUCCUCAGCCUUGUCCUUACCUAGUGGUCCCACAUGUGCCAGCCACAUGGUGUCUGCAGCCCCAGGGUUCCUGGAGUGGCCAC